CAUUCUAAAAGUAGACUGCAAAAUUAACUCCACUGACAGAAAACAAAAGAAAAAUGUUGAGCUCAAAUCUUCUCUUUGCCAUUGCCAUUACCUUGUUAUGUAGUUUAUCUGCAAAUAGCGAUAACCUCCAGGACACCUGCCCAACCGACACGUCCUCUGAUACCAUAUUCAUCAAUGGCUUCCCUUGCAAAAACCCGUCAAACAUCACGACCUCUGAUUUCAAGAACUUGCUAUUAAGCCAACAAGGUAGCACCGACCCCUUCCUACGCUCCUCUAUCACUCUAGUCACUGCUGCCGAGUUCCCAGGUCUUAAUACCUUAGGAUUGUCAACUGCUAGAACCGACCUAGAAAUUGAUGGACUGGUGACGCCUCAUACUCACCCGAGAGCUAGUGAGAUGAUCUUUGUGGGAAAAGGUGUUGUGAUCGCUGGAUUUAUCGACACAAAAAGCAAUCUUUUUCAGAGCGUUUUGAGGGAAGGAGACGUGUUUGUCUUCCCGAAAGGAUUGUUGCAUUAUUGUCUGAAUAAUGGAUUUGAGGAUGCAAUUGUUUACUCUGUGUUCAAUGCUCAAAACCCUGGAGUGGUUGAUUUAGCGAAUGCUCUGUUUGGAGACAAGGAGUCUGGGAUGGCGACGGUGAAGAUGGCGAUGAAGAAAUUGGUGGCCCGUAUUGGUGACGAUACUACGAAACCUUACGACGAGCUUUAGUCGUCUUGUUGAUAUGAAAACUUGGAGUGUUGAUUUGAAUUAGUUUGUGGGAUAAACAUAGAACAAUAGAACACAAAAUAUAACGUUUUGCUUUUGUUUUUGUGGUUAUUUUCGUGUGUCAUGUGUGUAUAUGAAGAAAAAAGGCAUUGCUAUAUUGGCUUGUUCAAAUGAAAUACUUCAAUUCAUUUUC